AUGGACCCGUGGCCAAAAGAUGGAAAUAACAGAAAACUAAUUUCUGGUUCAGGAUCAUCACCGAAUGAUACGAAUAACACGGAAAAUAUUCCUGUACCAGGGUUUUAUAAACCAGAAAACUCAACUAGAAAUAAUCCGACGAUGACACCGAAUGAUUCAACCCGUUCUGAACGUCCAGAUGACAAUCGUGGUACUCCUGUUAGUUCAAAAAAUCAGCCAACAACUGGUACCAAUCCGAACACUGAUGAAAUGAUAGGUAAACCUGUUCAAUUCGGCAAAGACUUAUGUAUCAUCAAAGGUUAUGUUCAAUGCCAAGGACAAGAGUUAUUCGCACUUGAAUCUGAAAGAUCCAUAACAGGCUAUGAUGGUAGAUGUCCAAAAUGUAACAAACAACAUGUUGCACUAGACAAAACACGUGGCUUUUAUGCUGCAGUAAAUUCUGUCUACGACGCACUUGGACGACAAAAAUUAGAAAAGGAACGUUUACAAGGUCGAAAAAAAAUUGAACAAUUACCCGGUACCGUUGAAAAUCUACCUCCACUUGAUCGUCCAAUACUUGGUGAAAAUAAAGGCAUUGAAGGCGAUUCAAAUUCAUGUUAUAUGGAUGCAACAAUUUUCUGUGAUGCUCUUUUUCAUUUACGAGCUCAAUUAAGUGAAGCAACUGGUGAUCCAUCAUUUAAAGAAGUGGAAAAAGAUCCAAGUGAAUUUUUACGAGCACUUGAAGAACUUUUUCAAUAUGCACCAUUAAAAACUAUUUCACCUGAUCAACUACCAAAUACAACUGCAUCGAAUGUAACAACAAAUAUUAUGUGGGAAAUGUUUGAUGCUAAUACACAAAAUCUACUUUCAACAAAGAUUGCUAGUAUAUUUCGUAAUUCACUUUCUGAAAUUCCAGUUAAAUUAGCAACUAUUCCACCUUUUCUUAUUUUGGUUGCUCCACGUCAUACACGUUCACAACGUUCUUAUCGUUAUAUUAUACCUGAUCGUCAAAUUACUCUUGACAAUAAUAUUGUACAACUUGUUUGUCUCAAAUGUGGAAAAACAAAUCAUGGUACAGAUCAGCCACGUGAUUUUUAUUCAUGUCAUGAAUGUUAUUUAAAAGAAUCAUCAUCAUUAACUACUUCAACGACUGAUGCUAAAGUUGUAUGUUUUUGUGGAUCUUGCAUAAAUAAAUUGCAUAAAGAUGUAUCUCACGAGGUCGUUAAUCAUAAUACAAGAAAAAUUCAAAUGAAUAAUCAUAAACUUAAUCUCUUUGCUGUAUUAUGUAUUGAAAUAGCUCAUUAUGUUGCUUUUGUUAAAUGUAAAAAACAAAAUCAACAGUGUGAAUGGCUCUUUUUUGAUAGUAUGAGUGAUCGAAUUCAUAAUGAAAAGAAUAUACCUCUUGUUGAUCGUGUGCCUGAUUUUGAUCGAUGGAUUGAUGGUGCUGAACAAAAUACGGAUUUCUUCGAAGAUUUAGAUAGACUUCGAAAGCAAGCAAGACCAUCUUCACAAAAAUUCGACGAAAAUGCUAUGCGACAAUUACGUUUAUUUCGUGAUGGUGCUUUUUUCUUCUAUGAAAAUUCAAGUGUUAAUUAUCAAUAA